AUGGACCAUGGCAGCCCCGAAUAUCGGUUCGUAUGGAGUUUUAUCUCAUUUUUACCCUUCUUUCUCUUGCUCUUCACCCUUGGCCUUCUCAAAGGGUUGAUCAUAUGUCCAAUUGUGGUUGGCAUCAUAGCAGUUGGAAACUCAGCAGUGGUGAUUGGACUUUGGCCCGCCCAUUUUAUUUGGACAUACUACUGUGUAGCAAAAAGCAAGAGGCUAGGAUGGAUUUUGAAGAUUAUGGUAUUUUUGUCACUGCUAAUUCCCUUGAUCCUGUGGCCCAUCAUUGCAAUUCUUGGAAGUAUCCUUGGUGGGAUAGGAUAUGGGUUUUUUGCUCCCCUGAUCGCAACUUUUGAGGCUGUUGGAGAAAAUGUGACUGACAAAUUUUUCCACUGCUUUACUGAUGGUUGUUGUUCCACUCUUGAAGGCAGCUGUACAGUGGUUCGGGAUUUUACAGAUUUUUGCUUCCAUUCCUACUUCUCCUACAUGGAUGAACUGAUUGAAGAAGGACACGAAGAUGAGAAGCCUAUGGACAUAAAGUUAUCAAAGCUCCCGAGCUGUCUUUUGGUUUCUGUUCUUGCUAUUCUUGUAGAUGUUCUUCUCAUCUCUGCAGUUGCUCUUUGGAAAAGCCCAUACAUGUUAUUCACGGGGUGGAAGAGGCUAUUGGAGGACUUGGUAGGGAGGAAAGGCCCAUUUCUGGAGACAGUAUGUGUCCCAUUUGCUGGCCUAGCAAUCCUUUUAUGGCCUUUAGCUGUAAUAGGAGCCGUGAUGGCUGCUUUCUUCUCCAGCUUCUUUCUUGGUCUUUAUGGUGGAGUGAUUGUCUACCAGGAAGAUUCUCUUUGCAUGGGGCUUGCAUACAUUGUGGCAGUCAUAUCUCUGUUCGAUGAAUAUGCAAACGACUUACUUUAUUUGAGGGAAGGGUCAUGCUUUCCCAGGCCUCGUUACCGGAAAAGCUUGAGUCCUUCCAAUGGCCUUGAGAGAAUAAAAUCACUUGACAGGAAAGCUGGAAGAGAAGGUUCACGCAAUUCAAAGCUUGUUUCAGAAGGAUCAAGAACAGUAAAGCAAGCUAUACAACAAUACACACCAAUGCAGGUAUGGGAUUGUCUCUUUAAAUCUUGCGAAAUUAAUGGAAAAAUGCUCCUCCAAGAGGGUCUGAUAAAUGUCAAAGACAUUGAGGAAUGUAUUCUGAAGGGAAAUUGUAAAAAGCUGGGCAUCAAACUGCCUGCUUUGUCCAUUUUGCAAUGCCUUCUUGCAUCAGCAAAGUCUGGUGGUUCUGGUUUGCUCAUCUCUGAUGAAUUGGAAUUGACCUGGAUUAAUCGGCCAAGAGAUAAAUUUUUUGAUUGGUUCAUCGGGCCACUCUUAACCAUGAAGGAGCAGAUAAGGGGACUUAAACUGGAGGAAAAUGAGGAAAUUUGCCUGAAAAAGCUGAUCAUGGCUUGCAAAAAUGAUAGACCUGAGGAAUGGGAUGACACUGGAUUCCCAUCAAGUGACAAUGUAAGAAGAGCACAACUGCAAGCUGUAAUUAGGAGGCUGCAAGGAAUUGUUGGUUCCAUGUCCCGGAUACCAACAUUUAGACGUCGUUUCAGGAAUUUGGUGAAGAUGUUGUAUAUAGAAGCUGUGCAGACUGGUCUUUUGGUGGAUCAUGCUUCUGGUUCAUCAAAUUCUGGACGUGGUAGCAGAUCCUAUCAAAGAGGGAUCAGAAAAGAUAAGGAUACAGAGGACAGUAAGGAGAUUACUCAAGACAUUGUAAAUGCAGUGUGA